UCAGCCGCCUCCCCCGGGCGGGUGCUUGCCGUGGGCGCCGCGGGAGGCCCGGCCGGUUCUCCGGGUCCGAUCAGCCGCCGCCAGGCUGCCAAAAUGCCAGGACCAAGACCUCGGAAAGGCCCUCGGACCAGUGGCCAGGGCGUGGCAGCCGCCAAGCAGCUGGGCCUUUUUGUCGAGUUCAGCCCGGAGGACCUGCUGGGGGCGGAAGACACCGAAGAUGAAGGGGACCUGGAGGCGGAGCUGCUGGCCCUCACUGGGGAGGCCGGGAGUGCAGUCAGGAAGACAACACCCACGAAGCCGGCCCCUCUGCCCAUGGACCACAUUGAGAAGAUGGCAGCAGACUGUCUGAGAGAUGAGGAGGAGGAAGAGGAGGAAGAAGGCUUAGAAGAGGAUGCAGAGCUGCUGACGGAGUUGCAGCAGGUCCUGGGUGUGGACGAGGAGGCAGCCUCAAGCCCCAACUUCUGCGAGGAGCAGGGACGGGAAGACUCUGAGCAGACAGCCCACCCAGGGGCCUCGGUCCCGGCCGCUCAGGCUGGAGGGCUGCGGGCUCUGCUGGAGGAGCGGAUCCACAACUACCGGGAGGCCGCGGCCGGCGCCAAGGAGGCAGGCGACGCUGCCAAGGCCCGGCGCUGUGAGCGAGGCCUGAAGACCCUGGAGUCGCAGCUCGCCGCCGUGAGGAAGGGCCGGCAGAUCAACGAGGAUGAGAUCCCACCUCCAGUGGCCUUGGGCAAGAAGCCCCCCACCGCAGCGCCCCCUGCCCUGGAGCCAGAUCAAGCCCCUCAGCCCGACGCCAGCCUCCUGGGCAGCUCUGCUCUUCCCGCCCCGCCUGGUUCGGAGCCAGACCCGCGGGCCCUGCUGUUGACCCGACAGAAGGAGUACAAAGUGGCUGCCCUUGGUGCCAAGCGGGCUGGAGAUGUAGACCGAGCCCGAGAGCUCAUGAGGAUUGGGAAGAGAUUUGGGGCUGUCCUGGAGGCCCUGGACAAGGGCCAGCCUGUGGAUCUGAGUGCCAUGCCCCCGGCUCCUGAAGAUCUGAAGGCCUUCCCACAAGCUUCAGAGGCCCCCACAGCAUCCCCAGCCUUGUCCCCAGUCGUGGAGCGAGUGCAGCCAGUGAUGGCCCCUGACAUCCCAGCCACUCCAGGGGCCCCUGCAGAGCCACAAACGGUCCUGGACGCCCUUCAGCAGAGGCUGAACAAGUACCGCGAGGCGGGCGUGCAGGCCCGGGCCAGUGGCAACGAGCGCAAGGCCCGCAUGCAUGAGCGCAUCGCCAAGCAAUACCAAGACGCCAUGCGGGCCCAUCGGGCAGGACGGAAAGUGGACCUGGCCGAGCUGCCUGUGCCUCCAGGGUUCCCCCCUAUCCCCGGUCUGGAGCGCGCGGAGGGCGUCGAGGAGGACUCGGUGACGGUGGCUUUGGCAGCUGCGGAAGAACUGGUCUCUGCAGGUCCAGCCCUGGAUGAGGAAGACGAGGAUGAGGAGAAGGCCGACACCCCAUCUCGGGAGCCAGUGGCAAAGAAGCCAGCACAGCCUCUGGUCCCUGCACCCCAUCUUCCCGAGAUCAAGGCCUCAAGUUCUAAGGCGUCUCUGAGUCCGGCAGCCCGGGAGCAGCUGGCACUGCUGGAGGCCCGCAAGCUGCAGUACCAGAGAGCAGCCCUGCGGGCCAAGCGCGGGCAGGACCUGGAGCAGGCCAGAGCCCACCUGCGGGUGGCGAAAGGUCUCGAGGCCCAGAUCAGCCAGGCCCGAGCAGGCCAAACUGUAGACCUGUCCAAGGUCCCUUCACCACUGUCGGACGAGGACGGGGACUUCAUCCUCAUUCACCAUGAGGACCUGCGGCUGUCCCAGAAGGCCGAGGAGGUGUAUGCCCAGCUCCAGAAGAUGCUCUUGGAGCAACAUGAGAAGUGCCUGCUCUUCUCCAAGCAGUUCAUGCACCAGGGCAACGUGGCCGAGACUACUCGGUUUGAGAAACUCGCCCAGGACCGCAAGAAACAGCUGCAGAUUCUCCAGCUGGCCCAGGCCCAGGGCCUCGACCCUCCCAGCCACCACUUUGAGGUGAAGACCUUCCAGACUGUGAGGAUCUUCUCAGAGCUCAACAGCACGGAAAUGCAUCUGAUCAUCGUCCGGGGAAUGAACCUCCCAGCCCCGCCAGGAGUGACCCCUGACGACUUGGACGCAUUUGUGCGCUUUGAGUUUCACUACCCUAACUCGGACCAGGCUCAAAAGAGCAAAACGGCUGUGGUUAAGAACACAAACUCCCCAGAAUUCGAUCAAGUCUUCAAACUCAAUAUCAACCGAAACCACCGUGGCUUCCGGAGGGUGAUCCAGAGCAAAGGAAUGAAGUUCGAGAUCCUCCACAAAGGGUCCUUCUUCAGAAGUGACAAGCUGGUUGGUACAGCACACCUGAGAUUGGAGCGGCUGGAGAAGGAGUGUGAGAUCAGAGAGAUUCUGGAGGUCUUGGAUGGAAGGAAGCCUACUGGAGGGAAGCUGGAGGUGAGGGUGAGGCUGCGGGAGCCCCUCAGCGGCCAGGACGUGCAGAUGGUCACCGAGAACUGGCUGGUCCUGGAUCCCAGAAGCCGGUGAGGUUGCGCCUCGCUGGGCCUCGUACAAGGUCUGCACUGCCGUUUGCUGCCAGGUCCCGAGGAGACGCUGGUCAUGGUUCUCCUCCGUGAGAAGAGCAGGCGCAGAGCUGUUGCAGCUCAUGAACUGUGUCCCUGUUCCUCAGUGCCCGCGGGGGAGGGUGGUGCCCAGCCGAGGGGCACCGUGCAGGACGUGCUGCAGUCUGCGGCUCGCUGGGUGACUCUGCAUGUGCUGCGCUCUGGGCCUGGUUAGGAGCAGCCAGCGCUGGAGAGUGGCCAGCAGUGGUGGGCACCAGCCGGCCGCCUCUGCCUUGCAGGCUGAAACGCCUGGGCACCAAAUGCUGCUGCCAGAGCUGCUUGGCCCCAGCCAUGGCCCAGGCAGCCUCCCUCUCCUCCCUGCCCAGCCCAGGAGCUCUUCUCGCGCCCCCCCCCACACACACACACACAGGGGCCCAGCAGUCCUGCUGCCCCGAACCUCCGCUGAGCCCCUGGGUGCAGCUCGGCCUGGCCGUGCUGCCCCGCUGGUGGAUGUGCCUUCAACGGAUGGGCCUGCCAGGGUGGGUAUGGGAGAGCUGCAAGUGUUGGGGUCCCUGCCAAGUAAGAUGGGGAUACUGUCCUCCCUGUGCCUUUGUCCUGACUGCUGCUGCUCCGCCCUGCUCCUCCUGGGACUUGGGACCAGGAAAGCUUCUCUGGGUACGGCCUACUGGAAACGUGUGUCUUGGGUUGGGUCUCUGUGCCUAAGAUGACACUGUUAACUAAGGGAAAAGAAAAAAAAUAUAAAUAUAUAUAUACAAAUAUAUAUAUAUAUAUACACACGUGUGUGUAACUUAUGUUAACUAAGGGGAAAAGGAAAAAGUACGUGGUUUUACAUCAUGGCAGGACGAUUGGACUCUAGCCACACCGUAGAGCGCCCCUGUUAAGCCCUAGGACCCAUCGCUGUCUAAAAGCCAACCGAGGCCGGGCGUGGGGACGCAGCCUUCAAUGCCAGCGUUCGGGAGGGCGAGGGAGGAGGAGCUGGGAGUUCGAGGCCAGCCUGCUUCAGCAGAGAGAAGCCCGAGCGCCGCAGCUGUGCGGUGCUGCUUGGAGCGCUCUGCCCUUGGCUGCCUGCCGCGAAAGCCCUCUUCUGUCCUAGAGGUCCUGGAGCCUUGUGUGCUGGACGUGAGCGGAGACGGAGGGAGGGACGGUGGCCACAGACUUCAGGUCAAAAUUGCAGGGAAAUACAUUGCUUAGAAAUACUCCCAGCUUACCCUCUAUUUUGAAGCAUUCAAAGUUCAGCAAAGUAUUCAAGAUUUUUCUGUGGAGGGGGGCUUGUUUUUCAAAGUAGGAUCUCGCUUGAGCC